GAUGAAAAGAAGUAUGAAUACUGAAUUGUUUUAUUUGAAGAUCCAGGAGAACACUGUAGAUACAAUUUUGUAACUCGUUAUUUUACCACACGACUGAGCAAGUUAGCAACUAGAUAAAAUGUUGUUCUGAUCCUUGAUAAAAUGUUUGGGCCUUAAGCAUAUUCUUUGAUUAUUAUUUAAUGUUAUGCCUAUUGAAGUAACAGUUUUGAGCACAUGUAUGACAAGGCAGACAACGAUCGAUGAGUCCAGAGAAGAGGUUGAAACAUAGCAUAUACUGAGACUGGUGAGUGGUGACUGGUGAGCGGCGGCCAACCACUCCGGUCUGCGGACUGCGGCGCGAGCGCAGUGAGUGCGCGCGCUCAGUGCUGCAAGCACGUACGGCCCACUUGUCGUACAGCGCUGUGUACAUCGCGCGCCGCCCUCCGCUGCGGAUUCUCGUAAAAAGAUCGGUCUGUGCUUGCCCUGUGCUUUGUGGUCGAGAGAGUGUUUCCUAAGUGGCUCUUCGUGGUAUUAUAACCGUUUCGAUUUGUUAGUUGUGUAAGCGAGUCGGUGGAUGUACGUACUUCCUCGUGUAAACAUUUCUUGCCAUCAAAAUUAAACGGCUCGUUAAACAUUUGAUGUUAUAUGAAAGGCGUCAAAUUACGCGUUUUUACCUACUUUCGAUAUAACUGCAUAUCCGCGGCUCGCAUAUCGCGAUCGUUAAAUAUUAAAUGAUUACGGUACAACAGCGACAGGCGACCAGUGAUUAACGGUACGUUACAGCGAAUUGAAGAAUGUUUACAAACCGGCGAAUUAAAUAAUAUGCUAGCUGCUGAGGAUGGAAUAAACGCCAUAUUGGAGAUGACUGCGCACGCAGCUGCUCGGCUACCGGCGGUAUGAAGAAGUUCAUGCGCACGCGCGCCCCGCCCGCGCUCCCCGCGCCGCCCGCACACCCCGCGCACCCCGCGCACUCCACUGGCGCUCACGCGUCUACCACCCUCGGGCCACCACUCAAAACCAACGGCAUUGGAAAUGGCGCUACUAGGCGUGAGGAGACCUCCCCCAUGUCCAGGUAUUGGGGCGAGUCGGAGCAGAGCGCGGGGAGCGCGGGAGCGCUGUGGGAGGACCCCGAGGGCGGCGCGCUGGCGCGGCUGCCGCACGAGCGCCGCUUCGCGCCGCACGCCGCUGCCGCGCUGUGGUUGCGCCCGCACGAGUUGUGCGCGCGGCCACGUUUCCUGGGCGACACGGCUAUCGACGCAGACCUCGCCCCCGACCAGCUCGACCCCGAACCGGAAGAUCAGUUCGCUGCGAGAUGGAGCGUGGAGGUGGGCGAGGUGGGCGACGGCGGGCUGUGCGCGGCGGCGGCGGCGCUAGCGCUCACGCCGCAACUGCUCGCGCGCGUCGCGCCGCCGCACAGCUUCCGCACCAACUACACUGGCAAAUUCAGGUUCAGAUUCUGGGUGUUCGGCGAGUGGCGCGAGGUGUGCGUGGACGACCGGCUGCCCGUGCGCGGCGGCCGCCUGCUGGCCAGCCGCGCCGCGCUGCGCGACGACUUCACGCUGCCGCUACUCGAAAAGGCCUAUGCUAAGUUGCACGGCUCGUACGCGGCAUUGCGCGCGGCGCGCGGCGGCGUGGCGCGCGCGCUGCAGGAGCUGUCGGGCGGCGUGGUGCAGAGCUUCGCGCCGCCGCGCCAGCCGCGCGCUCUGCUCUUCCAGGUGCUCAACUCCGCCGUGCCGCGCUCCACGCUGCUCGUCGCCACCGCCAUGCAGGAAAAAGAGAGCAGCGGGCGUCGCCUCCGUAACGGCUUGAUCGCGGGGCAAGCGUACUGCGUGACGGGGCUGGCGCGCGUGCGCGAGGAAGGCGGCGCGGCGGGGGCGGGGGCGGAGGGGCCGGGCGGCGCGCUGGUGCGCCUGCGCGCUCCGAGCGGCCGCGGCGAGUGGGCCGGCGCGUGGGCGCGCGGCGGCCCGCAGUGGCGCGCGCUGGCCGACGCCGAUCGCGACCUGCUCGAGCGCCGCGCCGCGCAGCCUGGACACUUCUGGAUGUCGUUCGUCGACUUCGCGCGGGCGUUCAGCCGGCUGGAGUUGGUGCACGUGGGGCCGGACGACUGGCUGGGCGAGCCCGCACUGCACGGCAAGCGCGCCUGGCGCGCAGUGCUGGCGCGGCGGCGCUGGCGCGUCGGUUACAACGCGGGCGGCCCGCCCUCCGCGCCCACCGCGCACGCCAACCCGCAGUUCCACGUACAGGUUCCGCGCGCGGAGGGCAAGUGCCACGUGGUGGUGUCGGUGACGCAGCAGUACGCGGUGGGCGCGCGCCGCUCGCGGCUGCACGCCAUCGGCUUCGCGGUGUACGAGCUGCCGCCCUCCUCACCGCCGCGCCGCCCCGCGCCCUUCUCUGACCUGCGCGCGCUGGACGUGACGCACUGCUGCGCGGCGCGCGAGGUGGCCACCUUCUUCACGCUGCCGGCGGGCCAGUACCUCGUAGUACCGCACACGCGCCGCCCGCACACCGCCGCCGCCUUCCUGCUGCGCAUCCUUACCGACCACCACACCGACGUUUGGGAAGUGAACGACGAUAAUGCGAUUAUUCGGGAUAUAGCUGCCGAGUUCGAGCAGGAGGGUUGGCCGGUGCCGCCCGACAUGCAGGCCAUCGUAAACAAAUUGAUGAAAAAGCAGGAAACCGAAGAGGUGGAGGGCGAGGCGCUGCGGGCGGCCCUGCGCGGCGCGUGGCGGCGCGUGUUGCCGGCGCCGCCCUCGCUCGAACUGUGCCGCGCGCUGCUCACGCUGCGCGACCCCGCCGUCAGCGGCCGCGUGCCCGCGCACCGCUUGCCGCCGCUGCUGGCUCUCCUCGCCUUUUGGAAGCAAGGUGUGGAGGCGGCGAGCGGGGGCGCGCGGCGCGGGUGCGGCGCGCGGCGCGUGUCGGCGUACCGGCUGCGCGCGCUGCUGUGGGCGUGCGGGCUCAGCGCCUCCAACAAGGUGCUGGAGUGCCUCGUGCUGCGCUUCGCGCGCGGCGCCGCGCUGUCGCCCGCCGCCUGCCUGCUGGCCCUCGCGCGCCUCCACCUGGCGCACGAGCGAUAUCGAAGCCUGGAUGCAAAACUCAAAUCUAAUCCUCUCUCGCUGGAAGAGAUGAUCUUGAUGACUAUCUACUCAUAACGAUUUCCCUACCUACCCGUUGCGUUGGCUGAAGUAAUUGAACGUGGAAGCAAGUAUUGUAUAUGAUUCAACCUGUAGAUGUUAAGGUAUAACGUUUCAAUGUAACAGACGGUGCUCUAAAAUAACGGUAGAUACGCAAUAAAACUAUUAUUAAAAGUUGAUCUGCAACGAUUGUUAUUUUGCAGAUAUUACAAUCCAUUCAAAAUAAUUAUUUGUAAAACCGCUAAAUACAUUCACCGAGUGACAGUAUUGUUGUUUUUUCAAGUAAUUAAUAAAUUAUGUACCUAAUUCAUGUAUGUUUAAGACAUAUGUUUUUAAAUCUAAAAAAGUGAUUUAACCUUUAACCAAAUCGUAGUAAAUUAAUAUAUUUCUGCAAGUGCGUUGGUUCAAUCUAUUUGCUAAAAUGUAUUUAUUGUUUCUAAGUAGUUAAUAUCGCGACCAAAGAUUUAUGUUCGACUGUCGACUGUACGGAAUAGUUAGUACAAAGGUGGCGAGGGCGGAGGGCGCAGAGAUACGUGUCUGUGUUCGUCGUUCGAACCAAUGAGGGGUAACUGGCAACGGUGCUCUUCUACUCCCAAAUAAGUAAACAUAUUGUUACCUAAUCAUUUGUAUUAUUCUUUAAUAGUGCAAUAUAUAAUACAAAUUUCUGGGACAUUAGCGAUUUUCAUAUGAACAAACCGAAAAUGAUGUUUUUAAUUCAUUUGAUUAAAAAAAAAUGUUUUUAAGCUAAUUUUACGUUUGUGUAACUAAGUAAUCAAGAAAUAAUUGCAUAUUCCUUAAAAUGUAAGACCAGCGCAGAUAGCGGUAAAAAUUGUGUCCAAAUGCAAGGGGAAGAAAAAGCCCGUUUUGUGCGCUUACGCUGCCUUCCGCUUCCGCUCUCCGACCUCAGAUCAACCGUUAUUUAUCUUUCCUCGCAUUUUUUUUUGCUUAUUUUCUUUGUCCAAUUGAAUUGGUUACAAGUUACUAUAAUUUUUUUUAAGUUUCAAAAGCUAUCUGCCCUGGUCUUUAUGUAACUUUCCUGUUUUCAAUUUCAUAUCACUCAUUGGUCUUAACAAAGGUCACACGCCGUUACCUAUUUAUUGAUGAUACUUAAGUCUAAACUUAUAUUUACAAUUUAUAUAGUAAAAUUAUUUAAUUAUA